UUGUGUCAUCUGUGCGAAUGCCAAGCUGGAGAGCGGAACUCUUGCGGUAUCUCUCCUUCGUGUUGCUGCACAUCACUGACUAUGUGACAAACAUCUUGACGAUGCUGAUAGUUUGUCUGGUCAAUCAUCCUCGAUAUUUCUAUGUGCUCCUUUUAGCGCAUUUGGUCAUAGGUUGUUUCUGUACAUGCUCAGCCUUCAGACGUUUGGAGUGGCAAAGAUGGUGCUGUGUGCCCUUUAUCAAUUUUUUGAUCAUGGUCGUUUGCAUGGGAUUGAUGCAAGGGGUGCAGCUCUGCAUGGCCCAUGAGGACUACAUAAGACGACGAGCGCGUUUGCUGGGCAGUUCAAGCGCCAACGAGAUGCAGGUUCCAGCUAUGAUGCCAGCUCGAUUCCACAGCAAGGCGAUGGAUGGCCUGCUCGAAGGGAGUGUCUUUGCCUACGUCUCAAUGUAUGCGUUGUUGAAAGACAACUGGGCAGAGCCCCGUUUCAAUCCUGUACUUCUACAGGAGGACUGGUACACCCCGUGCCUGUACAUCGGGGCAUUCUGUAGCAUGCUGAACGUUGGGUUGGCCCUCGUGGAGAUUGACCACCGAACUUCAGCCUGUAUACAAACUGUCUUGGAUGCGAACCAUUCUCCAUUGGCCUCUACAAGACACUUGGCGUUCAGAGCUGCAGAAUUUUCUAUGAGGCUUUUGACACUUCUAGCUUUCUGCACAUUCAUGCGUCCAUUGCGAUUUUGGUGGAUUGCCUACGUUUUAGUUGCAGCUGACUACAUUUUUGGGGUUGCACUUCUGAUCAUUUUGGGUGGUCGAGACCCAGUGAAGGAGGCUUGCAUAGUGUUGGGAUUGCCGCUCUUCAUGGUCAACAUCAUGCAAUUUGUUGAUGCUCCGGGAAUGAGUCUCCAGGCGAGACAAAUUUCUGAGAUCAUGGUGCCACUCCGAAGUGCAGAGCUUGCUGGAGUUUUACUAUUCUGCGUUUUUUGCCCAGCCAAAAUCCGGGUAGUGGGCCAGAACGAGGAUUUUGGCAUGAUUUCCUUCAUUCUGGCGUUCCAUACUUCCUGGGCAAUUUGCUGGGUAGCGAGUGUGCUGAUUUACUACUCCUUGCUGGCGACAUAUGCUGCAAGGACAAAACCCGGAGCCGAUCUUCACAGCGCGGUGGCCUACGGUGAAGUUGACGUCCUACGAGAUCUGCUGAGAAGCUCUGAACUUGUCUUGGACAUCUCUCGCUUUGGACCAGAUGGGAAGAAUCCAUUGCAUUUGGCAGCCCGUAGAGGGCAGGUCGAGUGCAUGAAGUUGCUGGUCGAGGAGAAGGCAGAUCUUCAGGCACGGACUGGUAACAAGCAGCAAAAUAUGGCUCUGCAUUUGGCAGCCAUGAACAAGGCCUGCAUGGAUUGCCUACUUGGGUUUUAGCAAGGAAAGAAGAAAGAAAGGAACAUUGAACAAACCUCCC